GUCAAAAAUAUCAAUUUUAGUUGACAGAAAAUUUUCGUGAAAGAAAGAUGUUCGUGAGAGGGAUAUUAUAGAAGUUGAUCUGUUUAUGUGUUUUCGGCAAUUCGUGUUAAUAUUUGCCUGAAUUUCAUAUGUUUAUUAAUCAAAAAGGUUAUUUAGGAAAUGUAAAUGAGAAGAAAAUUCGCUAAAAUGUGUUUUGUCGGGUAUAGAGCAAGAAAAGGCAGCCGGUAAAAAGUGAAAAUUGUCAAUAUCGUCGGGCGCAGCCGUGAAAAAUUCAAUUUGUUUACAUCCCUCAUGUCAGCUGAAGUGAUGUACAAUAACAGAAACAAAGAAAACAACAAAAAUAUAAAGUGUCAAAAGAAAAAUAGAAGAAUUUACCCGAGUUUGUAUAAAUAUUUUGUUUACAUGAUUAUCGCAAAUUGUGCGAUUUAUGUUUUCUUUGUGCAACGUGCUUCUAUUUAGCGUGAAUUCCAAAUCUAUUAAUUGGCGUUUUUUGCCGACUAUCUCCAAGUUUAUAUUUAGCUAAACAUUUUUCAGCCUUCUUUGAGCAAGGUGUACAUAAAAUGGCUACACAAAUUUAUAGAAGUUUUAAAACGUUGUCGUUGAGCUGUACAUGUUGCCUGCUGCUUUGGUGCUACAAUGUUCAGGCUCAUUUGAACGUGUAUCUGAAUCCACAGGAGGUGAUGCGAUUAUUAGCUGAAGCGAAACAGCGAACGGCGGUAGAACGUAAAGGCAUAAAACGGCGUGGAAACCUAAUCGGCGUCCCGUGAUUUUUAGCGUUGAAACGACCAAACGACAGUAAUCAAGUACUAGCCAUUCCUAUACUAUUUGAAUGUGUCUCUGCCGAAGUGUACUAUGUACGCGAAGGCCACGUCAAUAAUUACGCGCUUAAUUUUGUUGUACCAGUGCCGGCGAAUGUACGUGACAUCACUUUUACCUGGCAAAGUUUAGCCGGUCGUCCGCUACCGUAUAGCAUUAAUGUAAUUACAUCAGAACCGGAGGUCUUGCCACGACCGUUAAUGGUUAUACCACAAAUCGGCGAAAUACCAACUAGCGUACAAACGUUUACAAUCGGUCUAAAAUGCUCAGGCAUUCGCGCUUCCGAAGUGGACGUCUCAAUUUCCUUAGAGGUUAUACUUAAUCGAGCUCUGAACAAUGUGACUCAUUUGGUAUUUAGACGUAAAAAAAUGUGUUUGCUUGUCGGGCCAGAGGAGGAUAACUCGGUGCAUGGACCGGUGCUACUAGAGACUGCUGCACCACCACCAACAGGUAUACUGACCAUCAUUGUGGGCAGUUCUUUGGCUUUAGCGCUCGUCAUAAUACUGCUAUUAACAGCUUACUGUGUACGACGUUCGGCAAAGCGGCAAAAUCAUGGUCAACCUAUGCGCACUUCAAGCUUUCAGCGUCUCAGUACGAGUGCUCCAUGUCAACAGUCUGCCACCUAUAAUAGUCCCCCAUCUAUAAUUGCACCGAUACAUAGCUCUUUGCCACGCAAAGUACAAAUAGAACCGCAACACCCGGAAGAGCUACACAGGCGUAUAUCGGAGUUGACAGUGGAACGCUGUCGCGUGCGUCUCUCCAGUUUACUGCAAGAGGGCACAUUUGGACGCGUCUAUCGAGGCUCAUAUAAUGACAAUCAAGAUGUGCUUGUGAAGACGGUGGCACAGCAUGCCAGCCAAAUGCAGGUGUCUUUACUGUUGCAAGAAGGCAUGUCUCUGUAUGGUGCUUCUCAUCAGGGCAUUCUUUCGGUUUUGGGCGUCUCCAUUGAAGAUCAUACGACGCCUUUUGUUCUAUACUCUGCGCCGAACACUACUCGUAAUCUGAAACUUUUUCUCCUUGAUCCGUCCUGCGCACGCACUAUAACCACCGUACAAAUAGUAAUGAUGUCCGCACAGUUGGCCCAAGCUCUAGUUCACUUACACAGUCAUGGCGUUGUUCAUAGGGAUAUAGCAACGAGAAACUGUGUCAUUGAUGAUCAAUUGCGUGUCAAACUGUCAGACAGUUCUCUCUCCCGCGAUCUUUUUGCAUGUGAUUACAAUUGUUUGGGUGACAGUGAAAACCGCCCAGUAAAAUGGCUUUCUUUGGAAGCUUUACAGCAUAAACAGUUUGCGGAAGCGAGCGAUUCGUGGGCGUUCGGCGUACUUAUGUGGGAGUUAUGCACUUAUGCCAAGCAACCAUACUCUGAGGUGGAUCCAUUCGAGAUGGAACAUUAUCUAAAAGAUGGUUAUCGAUUAGCGCAACCGUUCAAUUGCCCAGAUGAGCUCUUUACAAUUAUGGCGUACUGUUGGGCUCUUCUACCGGGCGAGCGUCCAUCAUUCGCUCAACUAAACGCCUGUCUCUCGGAGUUUUAUGCGCAAGUGACGCGUUACGUGUAAGCCGAUGUGUUUGGUACUCCCUGGCCAAUAUUAGACUGUACUUUUGCUUCCGUAUUCAAAUACUAUGUAUACAUAGGUACAUACUCUAACGCCAAAUUAUAUUUAUUAAUAAAAAUUCAUUAGUUUUAGGAUUAUUGCACAAAGCUUAGAUAUUGAGACCCUACGUAGAUAUUUUAAAGUUAGUCAUGAAUUUUUAAUAAAAUAGAAUUGGGUAAAUAA